AUGAGGAAACCCAAAGUCACUCGGAUGGUCUUUGCCUUGUGUCUGGGAUGUUUCAUUAUGGUCAUCCUCUACUUCAACUGCGGGCUGAAGCCAGCCUCGGAGCCCGUCAGUGACAGAAGCAGUGGGCAGAAGUCGAGGAGGAGUCCUCUACAGACGCUUUAUGAUGGCGACCAGGUUGAGUCACCAGUCCAGGCGAUCCAUCAGGGCCGACGGGAGGUGUUAGAAGAAGCCUGCCGCUCCUACACCCGCAAACGUAGAGUCCUCAUCCCUGAGGACCUGAAGCAUGUCAUCGUGGACGACCAGCACGGCUUGCUGUACUGCUACGUGCCAAAAGUGGCCUGCACCAACUGGAAGAGGGUGCUCAUGGUUCUCACAGGGGUCGCCGGGUCCCUGCGAGACCCACUGGCCAUCCCCGCCAACGAGGCCCAUGUCCCAGGAAACCUCCGCACUCUGUCAGAAUACUCCACCUCCCAAAUCAACCAGCGCCUGCGCUCCUACCUGAAGUUCGUCUUUGUACGUGAGCCCUUCGAGCGGCUGGUGUCUGCAUACCGCAACAAAUUCACACGGAGCUACAACACAGCUUUUCAUAAACGAUACGGCACAAAGAUAGUGCGGCGGCACAGACUGGACCCACAGCCGGAAGCUCUGGAGAGAGGAAACGACGUCUCCUUCGAGGAGUUUGUGUAUUACCUCGUGGACCCGGCCACCCAGCGAGAAGAGCCCUUCAACGAGCACUGGGAGCGAGUGCACUCGCUGUGCCACCCCUGCCUCAUCCACUAUGAUGUGGUGGGUAAGUACGAGACGCUGGAGCAGGACUCCCGCUAUGUGCUGCAGCUGGCUGGGGUGGAGGACCAGGUCAGCUUCCCUUCCUCGUCCAAGAGCACCAGGACUACAGGAGACAUGGCAGCCCAGUUCUUCCACAACAUCAGCCCCUUCUACCAGAAGAAGCUGUACAACCUCUAUCGAAUGGACUUCCUGCUCUUCAACUACUCUAUACCAGCCUACCUCAAUUUUAGAUGA